AGGGCGACGAGGAAGCGGCCGCCUCCCUGCGUCCCGCCCCUCGGGCUCGCUUGCUGGCUCCUGGCUCCUCCCGGCCCUCUCCCGGCUCCCUCCGGCUCCGGCUCCGGCGCGGCGGCGGCGGCGGCGGCGGCGGGCAGUUGCAGUGGUGCAGAAUGGCUGACCUCAGUCUUGCAGAUGCAUUAACAGAGCCAUCUCCAGAAAUUGAGGAAGAGAUAAAACGGGACUUUAUUGCCACGCUGGAGGCAGAGGCCUUUGAUGAUGUUGUGGGAGAAACUGUUGGAAAAACAGACUAUAUUCCGCUCCUGGAUGUUGAUGAAAAAACCGGGAGUUCGGAGUCAAAGAAGAAACCAUGCUCAGACACUCGCCAGGUUGAAGGUACUCCAUCUUCUCAAGCCACAGUGCUCGCCAACGGUGACCACGGAAUAGAACGGAAUGAUGUCACUGGGUUUCCAACUGAAUUCCUUGAAGAGAAGAUGGCCUACCAGGGAUAUCAGAACAGCCAGAACUGGCCAGAAAAUACAAACUUUUGCUUUGAACCCGAGCAAAUGGUAAAUCCUAUCCAGACUGAUCCCUUUAAGAUGCACCAUGAUGAUGGCCUAGAAGAUUUGCUCUUUCCCCCCAGUGGAACAACCAAUACUUCAGCAUUUGUAGAACAAAAUGAUCCCCUGAAAGACAGUUAUGGUAUGUUACCCUGCGACACAUUUGCUCCUGCAGCUGUUGUUCCUCAGGGGUGGUCUGCGGAAGCCCCAAACCCUGCACACUUGGAAUCCUUCAUUUCCCCCGAGGCCGUUCCACAGCCUCUGCAGCCAACAGCAGAGCCAGCUGAGAAAGGAGAAAUGGCAUCAGGAGAAGAGAGAGCACCAGCAGAAUCAUUGGAGAUGAUGGUGAAUCUGCAGGCUGCUGACAUGGUGCCAUCUCGAGAAGCAGAGAUGGUCCCAGCUAAAGAUGUGGUGCCAGCCACAGAGACAGAGGUGGCAUUGGCUAAAGACGUGGAAUCACCUACCAAACCAGAUGAGGCACUGGUCAAGGACGUGGAAUCAUCCAUCGAAUCAGAUAUGGCCUUAGUCAAGGAUGUGGUACUACCCGUACAAACAGAGGAAACCGCAGUUAAGGAUGUCGUAUUGCCCACAGAAACAGACGUGUCUUUGGACAAGCACCUGGCACUGUCCACAGAAACAGAGGUAUCCGCAGCCCAGGACAUACUGCUGUUCAAAGAAACAGAGAGCACACCACCUGUUACCACGGAUUUGGCCUCAGCUGAGGGCACAGUCCCACCUACAGACCAAGAGAUGGCCCCAGUCAAGGGUGCAGCAUCACUCUCAGAGAUAGACGCGCCCCUGGAUGAGGACAUUGUGUCAUCCACAGAAAUACGCUCAGCCAAAGAGAGAGCCCUGUCCUCAGAAACAGAGGUGGCCCUGAUCAGGGAAAUGGGACUGCCCCUAGAAACAGAGGCCAUUCUAGACAAGGACAUGGCUGCACCUCCAGAAACAGAAGUGAUCGUGCCAGUCAGAGACAUGGCUCCACCCCCGGGAAUAGAGAAGACCCUGGCCAAGGACGUGGCUCCACGUCAAGAAAUAGAGGUGACCCUGGGCAAGGAUACCGUUUCACUUCCAGAAACAGAGAUGGCCCUGGGCAGGAAUGUGGCUCUGCCCCCAGAAACAGAGGUAACCCUGGCAAAGGAUGUUGCUCAGCCCCCUGAAACGGAGGUGAACCUGGCCAACAAUGCAGCUCUGGCCAAAUUCUCAGAAGCAGAGGUGGUACCAGUUCCUGUUAAGGACAUGGAAACUGCACGGACCCAGGAAGCAACAAGUGAGGAUUCCCAGUUAAAAUCUCUCCAGGAUGAGGGACAGUCAGCUGUACCUCCUCUUAUGACUUCACCAGAAGCAGUCGUGGCCAUGGGCCAAAAGCACAGCUUGCCAACAGAUGAGGAUUCUGUGUUAGAAGAACUAGAGCAAAAGAAACCAUCUAGUCAAACUUCUGAGCUUCCUUCAGAGACUUCAGGAAUAGCCAAGCCAGAAGAAGGACAACCUACCGGAAGCGUGUCUGGAAAUGACAUCACCGCCCCUCCAAACAAGGAGCUCCCACCAAGCCCAGAGAAGAAAACAAAGCCUUUGGCCACCACUCAACCUGCAAAGACUUCAACAUCGAAAGCCAAAACACAGCCCACUUCUCUCCCUAAGCAGACAGCUCCCACCACCUUUGGUGGGUCGAAUAAAAAACCCAUGAGCCUUGCUUCAGGCUCAGUACCAGCUGCCCCACCCAAACGCCCUGCUGCUGCCACUGCCAGGCCUUCCACCUUACCUUCAAAAGACACGAAGCCCAAGCCUGUUGCAGAGGCAAAGAUUCCUGAGAAGCGGGUCUCUCCAUCCAAGCCGGCCUCUGCCCCAGCUGUCAAACCUGGCUCCAAGAGCACCCAGGCUGUUCCCAAAGCCCCAGCAACUGCGGCUCUUGCUUCACCUGGGUCAACCAGUAGGAACCUGUCCACACCCUUGCCCAAGAGGCCCACUGCAAUCAAGACUGAGGGGAAACCUGCAGAGAUCAAGAAGAUGGCUACAAAGUCUGCACCAGCUGACUUGAGUCGCCCAAAGAGCACCACCACAAGUUCUGUGAAGAAGAGCACCGCUGUCCCUGGGACAGCACCCCCAGCAGGGGCUCCCAGCAGAGCCAAGCCCACAGCCACGCCUCCCCGGCCCUCCGGGACUCCUCCCGCGGACAAGAAGCCCACAGCAGCCAAGCCCAGCUCCUCUGCCCCGAGGCUGGGCCGCGUGGCUCCCAAUGCUUCUGCCCCUGAUCUGAAAAAUGUCCGCUCCAAGGUCGGCUCCACCGAAAACAUCAAGCACCAGCCUGGAGGAGGCCGGGCCAAAGUAGAGAAAAAAACAGAGGCAGCUGCUCCAGCUCGAAAGCCUGAACCUAACGCAGUCACUAAAGCAGCCGGCCCAAUUGGCAAUGCACAGAAACCGCCUACGGGGAAAGUUCAGAUUCAGAACAAGAAGGUAGACAUCUCUAAGGUCUCCUCCAAGUGUGGGUCGAAGGCUAACAUCAAGCACAAGCCUGGUGGAGGAGAUGUCAAGAUCGAAAGUCAGAAGCUGAACUUCAAAGAAAAGGCCCAGGCAAAGGUGGGAUCCCUCGAUAAUGUGGGCCACCUGCCUGCAGGAGGUGCCGUGAAGACUGAGGGCGGUGGCAGCGAGGCCCCUCCGUGUCCAGGCCCCCCUGCUGGGGAGGAGCUGGCCAUCCCUGAGGCAGCGCCUGAAGCUGGCGCCCCCACUUCAGCCAGUGGCCUCAGUGGCCACACCACCCUGGCAGGGGGUGGUGACCAAAGGGAGGCCCAGACCUUGGACAGCCAGAUCCAGGAGACAAGUAAGUGGCUGGGCUUGGCCUGA